AUGUCUUUUCCACCAGGGGGACCCGCCAGUCAAGGACUGGGGUCACAGAACCCACCUCCUUCACAGCCAGCACAAGUAAGUUACCAAAAUCUAACACCGCCCAAUUCGCAAGCUCCAUCACAAGCGCCAUCAACGUUAACUAGCACGCCAAGUCCACAACAAAGUCCAUUAGCUUCUUCAAUUGCAAUGGGGACCUCUUCGCUCUCGCUUUCUAGCUCCCUUCAGUCACACAAUAGCUUGAGCCAACAAAGUCAAAUGUCUGCUCCUCCAAUGACCGCCCCAUCAAUAAUGAGUGGCAAUACGCAGCCAAAUAAUAAUCUCAUCGCCCCUUCCCUUUCUGCAAACCAGCCAAACCAAUUCGAAAUGCCCCCAUCUAACUUCCAGCCACCUCAACAGCCUUUGCAGCCACCGCCAAGCUUGCAGAAUCCACUUGGUCAACCCCAACCGCCUAUGCAUACACAGCCCAAUCUUGGAGUUCUCGGAGGCUCUUUACCUCCUCUUACUUCCGAGCGGCCAAUGAGCCUCGGAUCAUCCAGCAUGGGAUCAGCGAGCAUCGGUCCUCCCGGAUCUAGCAUCAGCGGAAUGUCAAUGGGCCCGCCUAGCUCCAUGGGACCAGGACCGAUGGGGGGCAACCAUGGUUUCCCACCAAACCCAUCUCCUUCGAUGUCUGUCGAGCGAUUUCCUUCAGCAGCUCAGCCUCGACAAGGAGCUCUUGAUGGAUUCACAGCGCCACAGAGACCAGGACUUGGCAGCAGUGGCAAACAAAUAGUGCUAAAAGCGAACUACUUCAAAGUCAACAUUCCCAACGGCGAUCUUCACCACUACGAUGUCGACAUUCGACCGGACAAGUGUCCUCGUCGUGUGAACCGGGAAAUCAUCGAAAAUAUGGUUGAAAACUUCAGAAAUCAAAUCUUCCAGGACCGACGACCUGUAUUUGAUGGAAGACGCAAUAUGUACACCGCACAACCUCUUCCAAUCGAUCGACAGCGAGUUGAGCUCGAUGUCACUCUUCCUGGAGAAGGUCGCGAUCGAACUUUCCGAGUUGCUAUCAAGUGGGUCGCCAGAGUUUCUCUUUACUCGUUGAAACUUGCGCUCGAUGGACGCCUUCAUGGCAUUCCCUUCGAAACUAUCCAAGCUCUUGACGUUGUCAUGCGCCACUUACCAUCGAUGAGAUAUGCUCCAGUCGGGCGGUCAUUCUUCUCAGCUCCUGUUGGACAAACUCCACCACUCGGAGGCGGCCGAGAAGUCUGGUUUGGAUUCCAUCAAAGUAUGCGCCCUAGCCAGUGGAAGAUGAUGUUGAACAUUGAUGUAUCUGCUACUGCCUUCUACAGAGCACAGUCUGUCAUUGACUUCAUGUGCGAAGUGCUCGAUACUCCACGAGAUGAACUUCGCCAGUCGAGAGGCCUUACUGACUCUCAGCGUGUCAAAUUCACCAAAGAAAUCAAGGGACUCAAAGUUGAAAUCACCCAUUGUGGCCAGAUGCGAAGAAAGUACAGAGUUUGCAACGUGACUAGACGACCUGCAAGCCAUCAGACAUUCCCACUUAUGCUCGACUCCGGACAAACCAUUGAAUGCACCGUGUCUCGAUACUUUCAAGAGCGUCAUAACCGGGUUCUUGAAUAUCCCUUCCUGCCAUGCCUUCAAGUGGGCCAAGAGCAAAAGCAUACCUACUUGCCCAUUGAAGUCUGCAACAUUGUCGCCGGUCAGCGAUGCAUCAAAAAAUUGACAGACUCUCAGACUUCUACAAUGAUCAAAGCCACCGCCAGAUCUGCCCCUGAUCGAGAGCGCGAGAUUACAGACCUCGUUUCCAAUGCAGGAUUCAAUAAUGAUCCCUACGUUCGAGAGUUUGGCAUCGAAGUUAUCGAUGUAAUGACAGAAGUACGAGGACGCGUCCUCCCCGCCCCUAGACUCCAGUACGGUGGCGUCAAUAGGACACAGCUCCAGGUUCAGGCGAUUCCGAACCAAGGUGUCUGGGACAUGCGAGGCAAGCAAUUCCACACUGGUAUUGAAAUCAACGUCUGGGCAAUCGCGUGCUUUGCUCACCAACGCCAGUGUCCAGAAAACAGCAUCCGAAAUUUCACUCGCUCGUUGCAACGCAUUUCAGAGGAUGCUGGUAUGCCGAUCCGAUCUGGACCAGUUUUCUGUAGAUACGCUCAAGGAUCUGACCAAGUUGAGCCGAUGUUCAAGUAUCUGAUGCAAGAAUUCCGCAACCUCCAGCUCAUCGUCGUUGUCCUCCCCGGCAAGACGCCCGUUUACGCCGAAGUCAAGCGCGUCGGAGACACCUGCCUUGGCAUUGCCACACAGUGUGUCCAAGUCAAGAACGUCAACAAGACCUCGCCGCAGACACUAUCUAACCUUUGCCUCAAAAUCAACGUCAAACUUGGUGGAAUCAACAACAUUCUGGUGCCGAACAUGCGCCCAAAGAUCUUCCAGGAGCCCGUUAUCUUCAUUGGCGCGGAUGUGACCCAUCCACCAGCCGGAGACAAGCGCAAACCAUCAAUCGCUGCGGUUGUUGCGUCUAUGGACGGUCAUCCGUCUCGAUACUGCGCCGCAGUACGAGUUCAAAAGCACAGACAAGAAGUCAUCGACGAUCUUGCUAAUAUGGUCAAGGAGCUAAUGAUUCAGUUCUACAAGAACACUCGCUACAAGCCUGUGAGAAUCAUCGUCUACCGCGAUGGAGUUUCCGAAGGUCAGUUCCAAACUGUUCUUGCUCACGAGUUGCGCGCCAUUCGCGAAGCUUGCGUCAAGCUUGAGCCAUCUUACCAGCCCGGUAUUACCUUCGUCGUUGUUCAAAAACGCCAUCACACUCGACUUUUCUGCAAGAACAAAGACGACAAAAUUGGCAAGUCUGGAAACAUUCCUGCCGGUACUACUGUCGAUGUUGGAAUCUGUCACCCAACAGAGUUCGAUUUCUAUCUUUGCUCACAUGCUGGUAUCCAGGGAACCUCACGACCAUCGCACUAUCAUGUUCUAUGGGACGAUAACAAUUUCACCGCUGAUGAGCUCCAAGUGUUGACCUAUCAGUUGUGCCACACAUAUGUUCGCUGCACACGAUCAGUGUCCAUCCCCGCGCCAGCUUACUACGCUCACUUGGUUGCCUUCCGCGCGCGCUACCACUUGGUCGACCGUGAUCAGGACUCCGGCGAGGGCUCGAUGAUGUCAAGUGUCAACUCGCUCAACGACGCGGGCUCCCACUAUCAAGCGAUGGCCUCCGCUGUACUCGUCCACAGCAACACGAAAGGCACCAUGUACUUCGCCUAA